AUGAGUUUAGUUGUAGGCUUGGUUCUUGGUGGUUUAUUACUAGCAUGUGUUAUUAUUGUGAUUGUUGUUCUCAUUAUACGGCAUUCAUUCAAGUCUAAACCAAGAGAAACCAGAAGAAAGAAUUCCAGAGAGUAUGACUAUAUUGGAAGUCACGAUUUAGCUUUUCCACUAACCGCUAAUCAUUCCAAUCAAAUACAAAAUAAUGUCAAAAAAAGCAGUACUACAUAUGCAGUGCGUCGGGAUACAACUUUACCGGACAAUUCAACUCUAAGCGACCACAAUUACUCGAUUGUGGAUCAGACAGCUGAAGCAUUAUUAAAUGAGACUAGAGACGGUGGUACUGGAACAACAGACAGUUAUAUGAUAUUAGACCCCUAUGCCACAGGUUACAAUAGAAAAACUUUGCCUACAUGUACCACGCGUUCAGAUUAUGAAUUUGCAAAGCCUGAGAACAAUAUUGACGAUGAAAGUAAAUUUGCUUUACCUGAGGAAAGAGAUUACGACCAUGCGGGAAAUAAUCGUCUCAAAGAGUUAGAGUUUAACAUUUAUAGCCAUGCCGUGGAUAAUAUUUACGACACCGGAAGUCACAAAAGAAAGGAAGAAGGAAGGGAAAAUACAUAUGAUCAUUUCUUCGGACAAAAAACAGCAGAUGAGAAUGAUAAUUCAACAACGACAUGAACACAUGUACAAAGGUUAUCAAAGUACCUCGAAAAUCAACUUUAAAAUGUAAUGCUGGUAGUAGAUCCAACUAUUUACCUGCUCCUCAACUCAGGCUUGAAUCGAUACUUGUUUUUCCCUUAUCUAACAACAACUGAUAAAAUAGUCCGCUUUCGUUUCGGGAGGUGCUACAUCUUUUGUUAGUAUUAAACAAGGGCACACAAUCCAUGAAAUAAUAUAAAAUGUAUAUGAAUCAACAUCAGCAAGAUUCUAUAAUUAGAGAAAGAUACAGGUAUCAUAUUCAAACCGCAUUUUCUGUAAAUCAUUUAAUACAACCUACAUUUUUGGAUUAAUACUGAAUGUAUUCUUAAUAAACCUUUUCAAUAUCUCUCGACACCGACUAAUGACACCUACAGUUUACAGGUAAAAUGGAUGGGUCGUCUCAAAGACAAAAAUACAUCCCGAUUCUCAUUGCGUAACAUAUUGGAUUGGCGGUUAUUUACUGAGUUAACUAUAUAUAGCUUCAGAAUAUAUC